UUGUCGCGCCCCUUGGCUCGAGACUCGCGCGCGGUGGGGUGGGGGAGGCAUCAGUCGAGCGAGCUGCGCGAGGAGAGGGGCCUCGGAGCGGCGGCGACGAGCAUGGCGGGCCUCGCGCGACGGUGCCUUGUGCUGGCCGUUUUCUCCUGCUGCAGCCUGGCCGUUGCCUUAGCGCUCGUCGUGUUCGGAAACGGGGCCACCUGGGAACGCGAGCUGCCGGUGUGCGCCUCGGAGCGCUCUGCUUGCAGUCUGAUCCAUCGGCGUUACUGGCAGAGCCCACUCGAGAUCCGCCUCUGCCGCUGCCCGCGCAAGGAGCCCUGCCCCGAGGGUUUCGAGACAGCGACAAACGCAUCGGCGUUCAACGUCACCGCAAGAACUCAACUCAAGAUGUGCUCCGGCUGGCAAGCUCCCCCAUGUAACGCCAGCCAGGUGUCUCUGGUAACGAAAACCAUCGGAAAGAUAGCACGCGUCGCCCAGGGUCAAAACGGCGAGCAAACACACGCAGAGGCGACGUGCCGCUGCACUGGGCAAGGAUCGGGCGUCCAUUACCGUCGGGCCCACGGAAACAACUCGGCGGAUUUGACCUACUACGAACAGCGCCAGUACUUCACCUGCGAAACGCUGCGCGAGUGCAGGCCGGGAGAGCCGUGCGGACACGUCACACGAGACCACUACGCCACGUACAAGGCGUGCAACUGCCCGGCCCAUCACUUGUGCACCGUGCCGGAACUCAGUGACCGCAAGGUUGUCAACGUACGAGAACCAUUGUACGAGGGAAGUGCGUACCUGGCGCUGUGCCUACCCAAGUAAAGAGCAAAGAAGCCACGGAUUUCGGUCACAAAGACUUUCCACCACAUCAUGUGAACGCAGCUGGAUUAGACACCGUGCGCUAUCGUGUGUGUAGAGCCACUGUACCUAUUAAUGACCCUACGCGCUGCGAAAUAAUCGGCAAGUGACAGACUUUACAACUUGAAGAAACGCGCCUAAUCGAACACACUCACUGCCCCAGUGCAGUGGUCUGGGUGAUUUUCUAAUGUGUGCAGACUACACGGCUCUCAUUAGAGAGCGCGAUGUCGGGGUUGAUUCAAAAUUCAGUGUUUGAUCGGCGCUCUGAACACUUACAUUCGGUUUCCCUUGGCACGUGUGUCCUUUGUUUCUCCCCGUAAGGCGUUACAGAAGCCUAAACCAUUCGAGCCAUGUGACGAAAAACCUUAAAGUGCCAUACAACACACUUCAUCACGAAUGUUCACUUUGCAGGUCACACGGUUUGUGUCGUCUUCAUUGUGAACAAAUAUGUGAUAUUUUCCCGCAAACUGGAAAUACCUUCCAGCUUUCAUGCCUUUUUUUUUUUUUUUGAGGUACGAAGAAAUUUUUUGCAUAUGUGUAUAUAAUGUGCCCCACAAAAAAUCGACAAAUCGAAAGGAUGCGGGUGAACGUACUAGCGCUGACAGCCCGUACAACAAUCCGUUUGUAAAUAAAGUUUGACUGAUUUCUCUUUC